AUGGAUGCAAGGAUGCUACCACUUUCUUGGGAAGCAGUCAUGCUCAUCUGUGUUUUUGCAUCUGGGAUGAGGUGGUUUGGAUUGUGGCAAUUUGUGGAGGGAGGGGAGAGAGGGAGACAAGUAAGACUGUUUUUAUCGGAAGAGACUCCUGCACAAGUUGGGUUUGGGUGUCAGGAUCACCUCCAAGCAAAGACAUCAUGGUCAUCAAACUCAAAUUCCUUAGUGUCUGAUGACAAUUUACCACCAGGCUUUGAAGGAACUCAGCCUGCAAAUCUCCUUUGGAAUAAAUUACCCCAAAUACCUCUUAUCAAAUGGAAAUGCCCUCCUAGAUUUGUAUUGGAUGAUGCUUGGAGAGUGGUUGCUGGAGAAGAAAGUGUAGAAGUUGAACGUGAAAAUAGGCGGGAGAACACAGUGCUUGAGGCAAUUUAUCCACGACCAUCUGCUAUUCCUCCAGAUCCUUCUACUGAUGCGGGUGCAGAAAUCUCUUCUGAUGAACCAGUUACUCAUAUUCCCAUCACUCCUAUUGAAGAUGAAGAUGCACCUGCACCUACAAAUGCAUUAUUUGAUUCUGUGACAAUGAACACUCUUCCCCUCAGCUUACAGUCCCAGCCCUUGACACCUGGAGCUUCCUCAUCUCAUGUGACAAUUAAUCAUCCCCAGAGAGCCCCUGCAACUGAGGUAAUCACUGGAGUGGAUCUUGAUGUUGUAGCAGCUGCACAUGCUGCCUUGAGUGCGGUAAUGACCAACACCAAUCAAGGAAAUAUGAUUGACCGCGACUUGCUCAUCAAAAUUCUGAGUGACCCAAAAAUGGUUGAACAAUUGGUCAAGAACCAUGGAUCCUCCACUAGUACACAAACCAUGCCAGCGACCAGCAUGCAGAAUGUGCCAACUAAUAUGCAGCAUAUGGCAUCUAUCAGUACUCGAAUGCCUGUUGCAAGCAUGCAGAAUGUGCCAGCCACUGCAAUUCCAAAUAUCGCAUCAACAACCACACAGAGUAUACCAGGCCCUAGCAUGCCAAAUAGGCCCAGGCCAAUGACACCAGGAAUAAGUUUAUCUGAUCAGUCUCAGAUUUCUAUUAGUAGAACAGAUCGGCCUUUAGCCCACAUUAGCAGACCAGAAGUUGUUGCACCUCCUGUUACAGCUGCUUCUGGUGGAGUCUUCUACCCUCCGAGUCGGAUUGCAUCUAUUUCCAAUAUGCGGCCGCCAGUACCUGAUGUUGUCUCAGCUCCAUCUCCAUCUGUAGGGGCUCCUGUUGCAAAGGAUAUUAACUAUUAUAAGAGCCUGAUCCAGCAACAUGGAGGAGAUAGACAAGAACCAAUGCUACAUUACAACAACCGCAGCAACACUCCCUUGCUCUCGGCCAGAGAACCCUUAAAUAACCCGAAAUCCAGAGAUAUGAAACCCAAAAUAAUGAAGCCUUGUAUGUAUUUUAACAGUUCAAGGGGAUGUCGGAAUGGAGCCAACUGUGCAUAUCAACAUGAUGAAUCAUCACCCCAGCAGAGGGUUAAUGGAAUGCCAGAUUCACAAAGUGCUAAGAGAAUGAAAAUGGAUAGGGAGAUCACUGGUACAUAA